GGCAGCUCAGCUCUUCUCACUGGGGGUUUGGAGAGCGGGGGGACCAUGGAUGUCAUCAGCGUGCAGCAGUUGGUAAGUGGAGAAAGAGAAGGACGGAAAGUGUUGGGAUGUGGACAUGGAAUUCCUGAUCCUGGAGGCUGGCCAGGAGACUGGAGGCUGGGACCCCAUGAGGCCGUGGCCCAGGAGAGGCAGAGGCUGGAAGAGGAGAAGAGGAGGAGACUUGAGAGAUUUAAGAGUUCCAGAAUUAAUCUGGAGAAUCUGGCUGACUUGGAAAACUUGGUUCAGAGACGAAGAGAAAAGCGAUUGAAACGCAGAGUCCCCCCCAGGGCACCUGAGCCCGUGGUUAAGCCCCAGGCCCAGCCAGGGCCUGUGGACCUCGAGGCGUUCCUGAAGGCAGCAGCUGAGAACCAGGAGGCCCUGAUUGACAAGUACCUGGCGGACGGAGGGGACCCCGAUGCCCACGACAAGCUCCACCGCAGGGCCUUGCACUGGGCCUGCCUGAAGGGCCACAGCCAGCUUGUGAACAAGCUGCUGGAGGCAGGGGCCGCUGUGGACACGCGUGACUUGCUGGACAGGACACCUGUGUUCUGGGCCUGCCGUGGAGGACACCUGGACAUCCUCAAACAGCUGCUUAACCACGGAGCCCAGGUCAACGCACGGGACAAGAUCUGGAGCACCCCCCUGCACGUGGCCGUGCGCACGGGGCACUGCGAGUGCCUGGAGCACCUCAUCGCGUGCGGGGCCCACAUUGACGCGCAGGACAAGGAAGGAGACACAGCUCUGCACGAGGCUGUGCGACACGGCCACUACAGAGCCAUGAAGAUGCUGCUACUCUACGGAGCCCAGCUGGGCGUGCGGAACCAGGCUUCAGCGACCCCCGUGCAGCUGGCCCGCGACUGGCAGCGGGCCAUCCGGGAGGCUCUGCAGGCCUACCAGGGGCAUCCCCGCAGCCGGUGCUGACGACAGCCGCCCACCGCCCGCCACCCCCGUGCUCCCCCAUCACGUGUCUGCGGUGCUGACCUCAGGCUUCCAGGGCAGACAGUCCUGUCAGCUCAGCCCGGCCCCCAGGCAGAGGAGCAGCUGCCCGAGGGCCCGAGCCAGGAAGGGCUGAAGCAGGACCCAGAGGCCCAGACGGGACAGUGGAGCUGGGAGCUCGGACGGCCACGAAGCCGAGGACGCUCAGCCUCCAGCUCCCAGGGCCGCGCUAGGCUUCCCGGUGCCAGGGAGCCUCCGAGGAGACUGCUUGUGCCCCUCCCUCCCACGGGCGUUUCCUGCCGGGUGGCAGUUUCACAGCUGCCAGUGCCCGUGGGUGGUUCUCUCAGCGACUCCGCGCCUGUCAGCAGGUGUCUGGAGUGGCUCUCGUGUCUGGACGGGGCUGCUCAGCGGGUCUGAGGCCCCAUAGCAGAAGUCCAGUGCCAGCCUGGUUGCCACAGGAGCCCUAAGAAUGAGGAGCUGGAGCCAGUACUGAGAGAACCUGCGCCCGUUGUCUAAAGGCUGCGGUCAGGCCUGCCCGCUGCUCUGCAGGGGUCAGCUGGUAGCUCUCCUGGUGACGGCGAAGCGCCUGGGUGCUGGGGUUGCUCGUGGCCCACUCAGCUUUUGGGGCGGUGGCCCGUAACCCUCCUUUGCCUCAGGUGCUAAUGCCGCCCUGGCACUGGAGCUCUUAUACGUACCCUGCAGCUGUCGCCUCUGCCACCUCCGCAGGGCACCGCGGGUUCUGAGCACGCCGUGAAGGGACGCAGAGGAGCACGCCUGCCCCUGCGCUGGCUGGCGCACGUUUAGGGCCCAACUCCACACACACUCUCCAAAUGGACCCUCCCCUUCCACUGUCCCUGGCACUUCCUUGUGCUGGUGUGGACGUGCUCCUGGCAGGGCUGGGUAUUCAGUUCCAGGAAGUGAGCCUUGAGGAGCUCAGCUGACCCGAGAGCUGUAGGCCGAGGGGCAGCUCCAAGGUGAAGGGCCGGCCUCCCUCCCACAUGUGCGGCAUCUGGGCAGACACUGUGCCAAGCAGUUACUUCUGUCUAAGCUGGUGGCCUUCUCAGGCCAAGACCAAGGCUCUUAUUGUGUGAAAAAGCCGACUAGAGCCCACACCUUCCCUUCCCUUGGCGGCCCCUGCCCUGGGGGACAGAGCCAGCACUCACCAGAUGCUGGGGCCAUGGGAGGAGCAGGGACUCUAGUCCACGGAGAAGACGACUCCCCACCCAGAAAACGGGGACACUUAGGUGACCGACAGCAGUACCUUUUUAUACGCGUCAAUGUGUUCAUUAAAAUAGGCUGGUCAUCCACCCGGUCUAGUGUGUGCUGGGCUGGAAGCAGCGAGGCCAUCAGGCCCUGGGCCAGCCUGCUGACCACGCCGCAGCGGACCGCGAGGUAGGCCCCAUGCACACGGGGCAGUCUGGGCCCUUGGCCCUCACGCUCAAGGCAUCUCUACUCAUGGACGGACAGGAUCAAAAAGCAGUGGUUCUCAGCCUUUGGCUGCUUAUUAGAAUCACAGGGAAAGCUUUAGAAGUCCUAAUAUCCAGACAACUCAAUCAGAGUCCCUGGGUGGGACCCAGGUGUUAGCAUUGUCAUGCAGACCACACACUGGUCCAUGCAGGAAAUCCUAAAGAACCCACAAAACCACCUAGAAUAAGAGUUCGGCAAGAUCUCAGGAUAUAAAGUAAACAUACAAAAACCUAUUUCCACAUAUUAACAAGGACCAUGUGAUCACCACAAUGAAAACCUAAGUACUGCCCUGGCCGGUGGCUCGGUUGGUUGGAGUGUCCUAUACACCCAAAGGUUACAGUUCGAUUCCCGGUCAGGGCACCUACCUAGGUUGCAGUUUUCAUUCCUAGUCGGGACACAUACAGGAGGCAACCAAUCAAUAUUUCUCUCUUCCCCUCUCUUUCAAAUCAAUUAGUAUGUCCUCAGGUGAGGAUUAAAAAAUAAAAUCAAUAAACCAUAUCCUUGGUGAGGAUAAAACAAAGUACCAUUUACAAUUGCUUCUAAAAAUAAAGUACUUAAUUGUAAAUAUAACAAAAUACAUAAGGACUUAUAUGCCAAAAGCUACAAAACACUAAUGAAUGAAACCAACCCAGAGUUAAAUGGAGACUUACGGUGUUCAUGGACUACGAGAUGGAACGCAGCAAUGAUUUCAAUUCUCCCCAAAUUGAUAUACAGAUUUAAUGCAGUUCCUGCCAAAAACCCAGGAAGAUAUUUUAUAGAGGUAGAUAAGAUUACUUUUAAACUUAUAGCUAAAUCAAUUUUGAAAAAGAAUAAAGUGGAAGGAGUCUACCAGAUUUCAGAACUCGUUACAGGCAUACGUCGGAGAUAGCAAAGGUUUGGUUCCACAACACUGCAGUAAACUGUAAUCUUGCUGGUGGAAGGUCUGGCCUUCCAUAUGUAGGCCAUGCAGCACCUGUGGCGAGCAAUAAGAUGAAGCGCAAUAAAACGAGGUGUGUCUGUGUGCAGUCUCCGGAAUCAGUGUGGUGCUGAUAGACACACAGAUCAACAGUACAGAAUACACAAUCCGGAAAUAGGCACAAUAUGCCCAAGUGACUUUCUACAAUGAUGCAAGGUUUAACCAGUUAACGGCCAUGGUAUUUUGAAUUUAACUUAAAAAGGUCCGCUGCUUGAGUCAAUAGGCACUUAUGGUGCACGAAUGGUUAAUUCAUGAAGGAGAGACAAAGGUGCUGGAGCAACUAGACAUCUAUAGGCUAAAAAAAAGUUACCAGGCAGACAACUAACAAAAAAGGACUCCUGGUCAACGUCCACACACACACCUGAGAUCCGCACACGAGACACUGAGGGUGGGUGUCCCACAGCGAGCAGGGUGAGGCAGGAUGGGGAGGGGCCACAGGUGCAGUCGGCACCCACCAUGGCCCCAGCUGAUUCAAGAGCGGGAAGGAGUCGGGCCGCUCCCCUCACACAAUAGCAGAGGGCAGAGGCCACGCUGCCACCUGAGUGGGUGACAGAGCGGAGGUGAGGUACAGCCAUGUGGCAGCCGCAGACACUCAAACCUGCCCGCCCCCACCUGCUGCAGCCCAGCUCACCCGGGAGUGGAGGAGCCAGGGGCAGUCCAAAGGGUGGAAUGGGCACAAGUGACAUUCCCGCCUGAGCAGCAGGCUCCCACUGCAGCUAACCUGGGCUGCGACCUGGCACAGCAGUGUUGCGGCUGCAGCAGACCGGUGGUCACCAUUACUAGCAAGAAGGCAAAACUUCAGACUUGUGAACCCGCCUCCCCCCCACCCUUACCACCCAUCAUGGUGGAACCUGGUGUGGAGACACCUCAGAUGGCAGCCUCUGGUUACAAAGAGGCAGCACUGGGGACUCACAGGCCCGGAGCCCAACAGCCCAUCACAGGAUGGUACCGAGACUGAGGAAACCCAGACACGGAGGGGACACCAAACUCCUUGACAGGCAACACUGCCCCGAGGUCCCAGGUGCCAGUAGAGCAGGUAAGAGACCGAAAACUUGCAAUAUAGCACCAUCUAGUGGAAAACAAGAGAAAGACCUAUGCUUAUCGACCUGCAGAAUUGUGAGCAAAACAGUACCUAGGAGUUCACCGACUGGAGUGCCCAGGCAGAGAACAACCAACCCAUCAAGCACCUUGAAUAACCACAGCAACAAGGCAGCUCAGAAAGAAAAGUCUCUAGAAACAAACUCCAAGACAACUGAAGACUAUAAUUUAAAUGACAGAAUUCAAGAUUGCAAUUAUGAAAAAACUCAGGCAGUUCAAUGAGCCAAGGAAUAAAAUCUACAAAUGAAAGAACUUUAUCGCCCUAACCGGUUUGGCUCAGUGGAUAGAGCGUCAGCCUGCGGACUCAAAGGUCCCAGGUUCGAUUCCAGUCAAGGGCAUGUACCUUGGUUGCAGGCACAUACCCAGUAGGGAGUGUGCAGGAGGCAGCUGAUCGAUGUUUCUCUCUCAUCGAUGUUUCUAACUCUCUAUCCCUCUCCCUUCCUCUCUGUAAGAAAUCAAUAAAAUAUAUUUUAAAAAAAAUAAUAAUAAUAAAAAAGAACUUUAUCAGAGAGACUGAAACUAUAAAAAGAAACAAAACAGAAAUUCUGGAGCUGAAGAAUGAAUCAGAAAGAUGGGAAAGAGCAGACCACAUGGAAGACAGAAUUGGGGGCUCAACGAUAGAAAUCUAGAAAUGACUCCGGUGGCAGAGAACUGAGUGUGAAACAAUGAAAGAACUCGACAAGAACCUCCUGCCUCCAUUAGAGAGCGACAAGGGCACUGGGAAUACCAGAGGAGAGACGAGCAGAGGGAACAGGCUGAUUCAACCAAGUAACUGAGGAGAACUCACCAAACCUAUCAAAGGGCUGGACCCUCAAAUUCAAGAAGCGAACAGAGCUCAUGUUGUCUUUAAUGUGAAUAUUCUGCCCUGCUGCCUUUCUAUCCUGUUACAAACCCACUGCACUGGCUCUCCCUCCUGGGAGCACACCGUGCCUCUCCCUGCUACCUGCCCCCCCACACACACCCCCCACCCCGCUCCUUACCAUUAGUUCCUCACUCCCAAGCUCCACCGGCCCUGCCUUUACCUCUGUAAUUGUUUCUUAAGCCCAUUUCUUCUAGGAAUUACUUUUUCUACCUCUGCACGUUACCCAGUAAAUGUACUCUUACAAAAAAAACCCAACUUAGUUGAGAUAUAAUUUGCAUGCGGUUACAAUGCACCAUUUUCAGAAUACAUGAGUUUUGACAACUGUAUAUUCCCAUGUAAUUACAACCACAAAACAAAAACAACAAAAAAACAGAACAUCUUCCAAAAUGCGCUCCCACACCCCUUUGCAGUCACCCACCAGCCCUCAGGCCCCAGCGGGGGCUUGUUUCCUGUCACUCUAGGUUACUCUUUUUAAAAAAAAAACAACUGUAUUUAUAUUGAAUACAGGUGAGGGAGAGGGGAGGGGGAGGGAGAGGAACAUUAAUGGUGAGAGAGUAUCACUGAUCGGCUGCCUCCUGCAAGCCCCUACUGGGCAUCGAGCCUGCAACUCAGGCAUGUGCCUGACCAGGAAUCGAACCGUGACCUCCUAGGUCACCAACCACUGAGCUAUGCCGGCCAGGCACUAUAGGCUACUUUUGCCUCUUCUGGAAUUUCAUAUAAAUGGAAUCAUACGGGGGCGGGGGGGGGGGGGGGAGAAGCUAACAGAACACCUAAUUGUGUCAGUGCAAAAACACCUUCAGGACACCUUCUAUUAAAACUGUCAGAAGUUAAUGACAAAAAAAAUAGUAAUUCCAGGGGGGAAAAAGAUUGUAACCUACAAACCAGGAGAGAAUGGAGUGAAAUAUUUAAAAUAUUGAAAGAGAAACCACCAGCCAGGAAUAUAUCCAACAAAGUUAGCCUUUAGAUCUGCAGGCUAAAAUAAAGCAAUAAAGGCCUUUUCUGACAAACAAAAGCUGAGGAACUUUACCACCACAAGACCUGCAUUACAAGAAAUGUUUAGAGGAGCCCUUCUACCGGAAACAAAAAGAUGAUAGUGUAUUAAAACUGUUGAGCCCUGGUCAGGUAGCUCAGCUGGUUAGAGCGUCGUCUAGAUGUGCCAAGGCGGCAGGUUCAGUUCCAGUCAGGGAGUCAGCCAAUGAACAUAUAUAAGUAAGUGGAACAACAAAUCUGUGUUUCUUUCUCUCUCUCCCUUCCUCUCUCUCUAAAAUCAAUCAAAAACUUUUGAAUAAGAAGAAAAAUGGAUAGACAGAAGAAACUGCAACUCUAUUUUAGAAUAUAGUAUUGAACAAAUAUGACAUAAAGGUUAAAGGGGGAAGGGUACUUGAAAGAGAGACUCUAACUGCAAUUUGGAAAUGAGCACAUCAUAAAAAGGGAUGUUUGUGACAACAAAACCAUAAAGGAGGACAACUGAACUUACACAGGUGAGUGGAGCCGCAAUCAGAAGGAAAAGAACUAGGGUAAGCGUGGAACUUUCAUUCUACAUAAACCCAACGGUAACCACAAAACAGCUCCAGAGCUGAGACACGAAAACCACCAAGCUAAAAUAGCAAACAGAAGACACAGGAUAAAAUGGCUGUAGUCAAGUCCUCGCAAAUCAGCAAUCAUCCCAAAUGCAAAUGCACUGAACUCACCCAUCAAAAGGCACAGAGUAUCAGAAUGGAUUAAAAACAAGACCCAACUCUAUGUUGCCUUCAGGAGACCCUUGAUACUCCAAGCAAUGGCAUCCAAAGUGGGAGUAGCUGUACUUACAUCAAACAAAAUAGAUUUCAAGAUAAAAAAAGUUAUUAGAGCUCUAGCCAGUUUGGCUCAGUAGAUAGAGCAUCAACCCAUGAACUGAAGGGUCGUGGGUUCAAUUCUGGUCAAAGGCACGUACCUCGUACCUCGGUUGCAGGCUUGAUCCCUAGCCCCGGUCGGGGAAAGUAUGGGAGGCAACCAAUCAAUGUGUCUCUCACAUCCAUGUUUCUCUCUCUCUCCCCCCCCUCCCUUCCGCUCUUUCUCUAAAUCAAUGGAAAAAUAUCCUUGGGUGAGGAUUAACAAACAGGUUAUUAGAGACCAAAAAUAGAUAGUAUAAUGAUAAAGGAGACAAUUAAUUAGGAAUUAACACUGAUCAAUAUAUAUGCACCCAUCCCAGCCAGUGAGGCUCAGUGGUUGAGUGUCAAUCUAUGAACCAGGAGGUCACAGUUCCAUUCUGUCAGGGCACAUGCCCGGGUUGUGGGCUCGAUCCCCAGUGUGGAGUGUGCAGGAGACAGCUGAUCAAUGACUCUCAUCACUGAUGUUUCUUUCUCCUUCUCCCUUCCUCUCUGAAAUUAAUAAAAAUAUAUUUUUUGGUAAAAAAAGAUACCUAAGAUACAAAUGAAAAUGACAAUAUAACACACCAAAAUAUUUGGGAUGCAGCAAAGUGGCUCUAAAAGGAAAGAUUAUAGCAUUACAGGCCUAUCUCAAGAAACAUGAAAAAAACUCAAAUAAUCUAACAUUAAACCUUAAAGAAUUUUAAAAAAAGAAAAGCACAGUCAGAAGGAAGGAAUAAAAAUUAGAGUGAAAAUGAAAUAGAGAACAAAAAGAAAUAGAAUAAAAUUGUCAAAUUUCUGGCUAAAUUAUGGAAAAGAGAGAAAAGACUCAAUAAAAUCUUAAAUGAAAGAGAUGUUACAAUGAACACAACAGAAAUACAAGUAUCAGAAGAACUAGAGGCCCAGUGCACGGGUUCGUGCACCAGUGGGGUCCGUCGGCCUGGCCUGCAGGGAUAGGGCCAAAACUGACUCUCCGACACCCCCCGAGGGGUCCCAAAUUGCGAGGGCGGUUCUCAGGCGAUGCACCCUGGAAUCGGGCUCCCUCCUCUCUGGUUCCAGGUGCAUCACCUGAGAACCGCAGCUGCCAAGUCACUGCAGCUCAGCAGCUCCUGCGUUGAGUGUCUGACCCCUGGUGGUCAGUGCGCAUCAUAGCUACCAGUCGGACAGUCGAAUGGUUGCUUAGGUUUAUAUAUAUAUAUAUAUAUACAUACACAUAUAUAUAUACACACACACACACUAGAGGCCUAGUGCACGGAUUUGUGCACUGGUGGGGUCCCUCAGCCUGGCCUGAGCCCUCUUGCAAUCCAGGACCCCUUGGGGGAUGUUGGACUGCUGGUUUCCCGAUCCCUGGCAGUCUGACAUCCCCCAAGGGAUGUAGUGCUAGAAGCGGCAGACGGCUAGGGAGGAGCCCAAGCCCAGGCUGGGCACCGCACCGCUCCCACUCAUCCCGGCUCCGCUGUGCCUGCCGUCGCCGCCGCUCAAUAAGCUCAUUGAGCAGUGUUCUUACUGUGGGAGCACACUGACCACCAGGGGGCAGCUCCUGCUUUGAGCAUCUGCCCCCUGGUGGUCAGUGUGCAUCAUAGCGACCAGUCAAAUGGUUGAUUGGUCAAACGGCUGACCAGUCAAACGGUUGACUGGUCGCUUAGGGUUCUAGAUAGAUUAGAUAGAUAGAUAGAUACUAUGAAAGGUUAUAUGCCACCAAAUUCAAUAACGUAGAAGAAAUGGACAAUUUUUUAAAAAUAUAUAACCACCCUAGACCAAAUCAUGAGGUACUGGAAAACCUAAAUAGACCAAUCACUGGUAACAAAAUUAAAACUAUUAAAAAGAAACACACACCUCCCCCAAAAAACAAAAGCCCAGGACCAGAUGGCUUUUCUACCCAAACACUCAGAGAAUAUUCUUCCUCCAAUUCUUCCCCAAAAAUUGAAGAGGAGGAGAAACUUCCUCAUUUUAUGAGGCCAACAUUACCCUGAUACCAAAACCAGGCAAGAACAACGCAAAAGAAGAAAACUACAGACCAAUAUCUCUGAUGAGCAUAGAUGCAAAAACCCUAAACAAAAUCCUAGCAAAUCAAAUAAAACAAAACAUUAAAAGGAUCAUAUACAUUAUGAUCAAGUAGGGUUCAUUCCUGGGACAGAAGGAUGGUUCAACACAUGCAAAUCGAUCAAUGUAAUAAUACACUAAAUUUACAAAGUAAGUCAUAUGAUCAUAUUAAUAAAUGUAGACAAAGCAUUUGACAAGAUCCAACAUCCAUUAAUGAUCAAAACAUUCAAUAAAACAGGUACAGAAGUACCUCACAUAAUAAAGACCAGUUCUGACAAACCCUCAGCCAAUAUCAGUCAAUGGUGGAAAACUGACAGCUUUUCUUCUGAGAUGAGGAAUAAGAAAAAGACGCAUCAUCAUUGUUAUUCGCCAUAGUAUUGGAAGUCCUCGCCAGAGCAAAUAGGCAAGAAAAAUAAAAGGCAUCCAAACUGGGAAGUCAAACUGUCCCUAUUUGUAGAUGGCAUGAUACUAUAUAGAAAACCCUAAAGAUGCCACCAUAAAAUUAUUAGAAAAAAAAUAGUAAUGUUGCAAGAUACCAAAUCAAUACAUAUGUGAACAUCUGAUUUAUGACAGAUGGCAUUACAGAGAGGAGAAGAAAGAUGUGCUUCUCAAUAUGUAGGAUUUGAACACUUGGUUAUAGCCAUUUGGGGGAAAAUAAAGGAAAUUGAAUAGUGCAUACACAUAUCAAUUUUUGGUGGGUUAGACAUUUAAAUGCGUGUGUGUGUGUGUGUGCAUGUAGAUAAUGUAGAAAAAUAUUUUUAUGACAAUAGGGUAGAAAAGGAUUUAUCAAGACACAAAAUACAAACCAUAAAAGAAAAUAUUUGGUAAGUCUGACUGCAGAAAAAUUAAGAAUGACUAUUUCUCAAAAGACGUAAUAAGUAGAAUGAUAAACUACAACAAACAGAGAACUUUUUGCAGCACAUUUAUUCUACAAAUGAUUAGAACCCAGGACACAUAAAGAACUCAUGAAUAAAUAAGAAAAAUACAAACUCAAUGGAAAUAGGGCAAAAGAGCCCAGCUGGUGUGGCUCAGUGGCUGAGCUUUGGCCCAGGACCAAGAGAUCACGGGUUUGAUUCCCGGUCGGGGCACAUGACCAGGUUGCUGGCUUGGUGCAGGAGGCAGCCUAUCAGUGAUGUUUCUCUAUCAUUGAUGUUUCUAUCAUACUACACCUCUCCCUUCUUCUCU